UGGGCAGGGCUUGUCUUUGUAUUGAACUUGAGCACGCUGACAGUGCAGCAUCUCAGGGUGUUUUAGCUUAUAAACCGUGUGAAUGAUGGCACCUACAGGUCAAGUGGAAUUUGGUGACGCUGACCAUAAAGUAUGUGCAGUAAAUCGACUGCGCUGGGAUCUUAAACCAGAUGAGAUUCAUCAACUUACGGAUGAGCUCAUUGCCAAGACCAAGAAAGUGUACGACAAUGUCGGGGCUUUGGACCUGGCCAGUGUCAGUUAUGAGAACACGCUGAAGGCCCUUGCGGAUGUAGAGGUGGAGUACACAGUCCAGCGGAACAUGUUGGAUUUCCCUCAGCAUGUGUCCCCCUGUAAGGACGUGCGCACGGCCAGCACCGAAGCCGACAAGAAGCUCUCCGAGUUCGAUGUAGAGAUGAGCAUGAGGGAGGAUGUGUACCAGAGGAUUGUUGCUCUUCAGGAGAAACUACAGGAGGAGAGUCUUACCCCCGAGGCUAAGAGAUACAUGGAAAGACUCAUCACGCUGGGAAAGAGAAAUGGGCUCCAUCUUCCUAAGGAGACACAAGAGGAGGUCAAGAAGAUCAAGAAGAAACUGAGCACUCAGUGUAUUGAUUUCAACAAGCAUUUGAACGAGGACACCACUAAUCUCUGUUUCACCCGCGAGGAGCUGGGUGGCCUUCCUGAGGAUUUUCUCAACUCCUUGGAGAAGGAUGAGGCAGGAAAGCUUAAACUCACCCUCAAAUACCCUCACUACUUUCCCACCAUGAAGAAAUGCUACGUCCCAGAGACACGCAGGAAACUAGAGGAAGCUUUCAAUUCUCGGUGUAAAGAGGAGAAUUCCGCUAUCCUGAAAGAGCUGGUGGAGUUACGCUCUCAGAAAAGCGCUCUGCUGGGUUUUAGCACUCAUGCUGACUUUGUGCUGGAAAUGAAUAUGUCCAAAGCUUCCAAGAAGGUUGCUACGUUUCUCGAGGAGCUUGGCCGUAAGCUGAAGCCGCUGGGCGAGGAAGAGCGUGCGGUCAUCAUACAGCUGAAGGAGAAGGAGUGUGAGAAGAGGAAGUUGCCCUUCAACAAUGAGCUUCACGCCUGGGACAUGCGCUACUACAUGACCCAGGUGGAGGAGACUCAGUACGCUGUGGACCAGAACCAGCUGAAAGAGUAUUUCCCCAUGGAGGUGGUGACCCACGGGCUUCUCGACAUCUACCAGGAGCUGCUGAACCUCUCCUUCCAGCGGGUGGAGGGCGCCCCCGUGUGGCACGAUGAUGUCACUCUGUACUCCGUUAAGGAUCGCACCACUGGUCAGGUGGUGGGCCAGUUCUACCUGGACCUUUUCCCCAGAGAGGGGAAGUAUGGGCAUGCUGCCUGCUUUGGCUUGCAGCCUGGUUGCCUGCUGCCUGAUGGUACUAGACAGAUGGCUGUGGCAGCCAUGGUGGCCAACUUCAGCAAACCAACAGCUGAUGCUCCCUCCCUUCUGCAGCACGAUGAAGUGGAGACCUACUUUCACGAGUUUGGCCAUGUCAUGCACCAGCUCUGUGCACAGUCAGAGUUUGCCAUGUUCAGCGGAACUCAUGUGGAAAGGGAUUUUGUGGAGGCUCCUUCUCAGAUGCUGGAGAACUGGGUGUGGGAAAAGGAGCCGUUACAGCGAAUGUCCAAACAUUACAAGACUGGCAAUCCAAUUCCAGAGGAACUUCUCGAGAAACUGAUCAAGUCCAGGCUUGCCAAUGCUGGUCUGUUCAACCUGAGGCAGAUAGUGCUGGCUAAAGUGGAUCAAGCCCUUCACACAAAAGAGGGAGUGGAUCCAGCAGAGGAGUAUGCCAAGCUGUGUAAGGAAAUCCUGGGAAUUCCAGCCACACCAGGUACAAACAUGCCAGCCACAUUUGGCCACCUAGCAGGUGGAUACGAUGCUCAAUAUUACGGUUAUCUCUGGAGCGAAGUCUUCUCCAUGGACAUGUUCUACGCUCGCUUUAAGCAGGAAGGCAUCAUGAACCCUAAGGUGGGCCUGGAUUAUAGGAAUUGUAUUCUGAAGCCUGGUGGUUCAGAGGAUGCGGCCGACAUGUUGAAGAAGUUCUUGGGAAGAGAGCCCAAACAAGAUGCAUUCCUCUUAAGCAAAGGAUUGUCAGUGGAGCUGGAGCCAGGCACACCUUGUGCUUGUUGACAAGUUACUACUACAAUAGUGCUGCCAGGGCCUCACUAGGAAACAUUAGUACAACACGGGCACUACGGACUGAUUAUACUACAAUUGGUCAGAAUCGACAUCCUGAAAUUUUGUUUUAAUCAUCACAGGCACGGUUACUGCUUUCUGGAUUAAAACCUGUCUAUCCUUUUUUUUUCUAUCAUGCAUUCUGGUACAAAAGGAAAAAAAGGAAACGGUUAUCCAAAAAGAUCUAAUAACCUCUGGUCACAUGAUCCUUCAUAAUGAAAGACUCACCACUGAAAUCUGUUUAACUAAUAUUACUAUUACUUGCUAUAAUAAAAAUAAAUAAAUACCA